GUCGUUACGAAAGUCGAUUCAAAACAGUGGCGUUUCAAACAUGGCGGCUCCCUUGUCCUGGCGGAGGCUGGUACAUUCUGUGUACUCACCGGUCAUCGCCGGGGUUCUCACCAGGAUAUCCGACCGGCUUUUCCGUGCCCGGGACAGACGAGGCGGGUCCUCUAUGCUGCUGCUGGCUCCGCUGCUUGCAGAGGCCGACACAGCACCCAAACGGGUCUCCAGUCCUGCUGGGUCAGCGGGAGCCCGCAGCGCAGCUCACCUCUGCCCGCAUUUCCGAUGGAUGGCCGACCACGUGCCCGUUUUCAGGGUACCGGGGACGCAGGUCCACAUUCUCACAUCGCCAGACGAGUUCUACCAAGCCAUGAAGGCCCGGAUCAGGACCGCCAGGAGACGAGUGGUGUUGGCUUCACUCUACCUUGGAACCGGACGUCUAGAGCAGGAGCUGGUGGACUGUAUGCAGGACGCUCUGCUUCGCUCACAGGAGGAAGGUCCAUCUCCAAACCUCAGAGUCUCAGUUCUGCUGGACUACACGCGCGGGUCAAGAGGUGUGGUGAACUCCAGGACGAUGCUGCUGCCAUUGCUGCAGCGCUUCUCCUCCCAGAUGCGGGUGUCCUUGUACCACACUCCGGACCUACGGGGUCUCCUGCGCCUGCUGGUCCCUCAGCGAUUCAACGAGACGAUUGGAGUCCAGCACAUCAAGGUCUACCUGUUUGAUGACAGCGUUAUCAUCAGUGGUGCCAACCUGAGCGACUCCUACUUCACCAACCGCCAGGAUCGAUACGUGCUGCUGGAGAACUGCAGGGAUGUGGCCGACUUCUUCUCCAACCUGGUGGAAGCUGUGGGCGACGCUUCUCUCCAGCUUCAGCCGGACGACUCUGUCAGCAUGGUGGAGGGCAUGGUUCACCCUUAUAAAGGAAGAAGACAAGAUUUUGCCAGCGCUGCUCGAAAGCGCAUCAUGGAGGUGGUGGACGCUGCGCACCUGCGGCAGCAGUUGGUGAGCCUUUCUGAGGACGAGGGCCUGAGCGAAUCGGACGUGGACACCUGGGUGUUUCCCCUGGUCCAGAUGAAACCACUCGGGAUCCAGGUGGACGAACAGGUCACCAAGCGCCUGCUGAUGGAAGCACAGCCAGACUCCACUGUUUUCCUGACCUCCGGCUACUUCAAUUUGACCCGGGCCUACAUGCGGCUGGUGCUUGGCGCUGGAGCCAACUACCGCAUCCUCACUGCCUCCCCAGAAGUCAACGGCUUCUACGGCGCCAAAGGUGUUGCGGGGGCCAUCCCUGCUGCCUACAUCCACAUUGCCAGGCAGUUCUACAACCAGGUGUGCCGGCUGGGUCAAGAGAAGCGGAUACACCUUCACGAAUACCACCGGCCAUUGUGGACCUUCCACGCCAAAGGGCUGUGGUAUUACCUCGGAGGGCAGGCACGGCCCUGUCUCACUCUCAUCGGCUCUCCCAAUUUCGGUUACCGCUCAGUUCACCGUGACCUGGAAGCUCAGGUCGCCAUAGUGACAGAGAACGAGGAACUGCAGAGUCAGCUGCAGGAGGAGCAGCAGAUGUUGUACCAGCGCUCCAGCGAAGUGUCCAGCGCCACAUUCGAGCAGCCUGACCGCUACGUCAAGCUCUGGGUCAAACUGGUCACACCGCUCAUCAAGAACUUCUUCUGAGGUGUUGACACGGGCAUGAACUCCGACCUCAGUUAGGACACAGGAUCUUCAGCCGCCUGUGGCGCCACCUGCUGGAGAAGAAUCUGAACACAUAACCGAGAGGACUCCCAUCGCACGAGGAUGUUGUGAGGUUUGUGAAAACACUGAGGACUCCCGAGGAGAUGAGAAGUUACGUCCUGGCAACUGCUUUGGGAAGAUUUAAAAGACGCCAUGCUCUGGAUCGCAUGGAGCGAAAACAUUUUUGGGAGGGGAGAGACCCCUAAUGAUGGACAUUGAUGCAACAGUUGCUGUAGAAGCUGGUCCUAAUAGGAGCGAACUGAGCCACGCAGCCUCUGGCUGUUCAGAGGAAAUAAAGAACUACGUUUUCAAAAUAAAACUUUCACUGGACUCUUAAUUCAUUAACAAUGAACUUCCCUCAGACUUGAUCAUGAGGCUACAAAGGUACUACAUAAAAGUACUGUAGAAGUUAAAAUGGAAUUUCAAGUAGAAAAGGAAGUUACUUGUUGUAAAUAAUCUGGCAACAUUGACUUAAAUUAAAAUAUAGAUGUGUAUUUGAAAUUAUUAAAAAUAUUAAUAGACUAAAAGUUUGAAAGAUCUUGUUGUUAAAUGCAAAAAUUAUAUAUGUAAAAACUAUUGUCAACUUUUGUAUGAGUUUGAAAUUGAUUUUGAAUUUGGUUGAAGUUCAGUGUUUCCUCCAAGUGUAAAGUUUUUGCAAUUCAAAUGUAGCAUGACAUUUUGAAUGGAAAAUGUAUUUAUUAUUAUGUA